AUAGUCUGAAGGUCUGUUCCUGCGUAAAACUGACCGUUGUGCUCAUUUGCAAACAUUUAGAACGCACGACUAGCGUCAGAAGAGAUUUCUGCAUGGGCUGUAAAAAUGUAAUUCGGAAAUAAUGCUUGGAGGCGGGACUUUUAUGUACGCUGCCCUUACAAACAUUGAGUCAACAUGUCGGGUAGCGCUGCUGUCAUUAGAGUUUCAUCUCUUCUUAGCAGAAAACCACCGUUUCUACAGUUGAUUCAGGACAACUGUGUGAAAAUAAGACGACCAUUCUCUGCCGAGCUGCAAGGUCAAGGUCAGACAAGACCACUAGAUGGCGUCAAAGUCUUAGAUCUGACAAGAGUACUGGCUGGACCUUUUGCUACUAUGAUAUUAGGAGAUUUGGGAGCAGAGGUGAUCAAAGUUGAAAGACCAGGGUUAGGUGAUGACACAAGGGCAUGGGGCCCUCCGUUUAUCGGGGAAGAGAGCGCUUAUUUUUUAAGUGUCAACCGGAACAAAAAGAGCAUUGCUGUUAAUCUUAAAGAUCCAAAGGGGACCAAACUUGUAACAGAGCUUGCCAAAGUCUGUGAUGUUCUGGUGGAGAAUUACUUGCCUGGGAAACUGAAUGAGAUGGGACUUGGGCACGAAGAGUUGCGAGAAGUGGCCCCUCAGCUCAUCUAUUGCUCUAUCUCAGGCUAUGGACAGACAGGCCCUGAAUCACACAAGCCUGGCUAUGACUCCAUUGCGUCUGCAAUGUCUGGAAUGAUGCACAUUACUGGUCCAGAGGAUGGAGACCCAGUCAGGCCAGGCGUGGCUAUGACAGAUCUUGCCACUGGUUUGUACACUCAGGGAGCUAUAAUGGCCGCUUUGCUGCAGAGACAAAGGACAGGAAGGGGCCUUCACAUAGACUGCAAUCUUCUGUCAUCACAGGUUGCUUGUCUAACUCACAUUGCUGCUAACUACCUCAAUGCUGGUAAAGAGGCCAGACGAUGGGGAACUGCACACGAGAGCAUUGUCCCUUAUCAGGGUUUCAAGACCAAAGAUGGAUAUCUUGUUGUGGCAGCGGGAAAUGACCAGCAAUUUAUGAAAGUGUGCAAAGUUCUGAGUUUGAAUGGACUGGCAGAGAGCCCGAAAUACAAAAGCAACACGUUAAGAGUUCAGCACCGGAAAGAGCUGUUGGAGGUUCUGUCUGAGAGGUUCAUGGAGAAGACGACCGGGGAGUGGCUGAGACAUUUUGAAGGCACAGGCGUCCCCUGUGGCCCUAUUAACAAUAUUCAGCAGGUGUUCACAAACGCACAGGUUGCUCACAAUGGCCUUAUUUUGGAGAUGGACCACCCAACAGCAGGAAGGGUAGCGGUGCCAGGCCCUGCAGUGCAGUUCAGUAGUUUUGAAUUCAGCAAGCCGAUUCCUCCCCCUGUGAUUGGCCAGCACACCGUGCAGGUUCUCAGAGACAUCUUGGGAUACAGCGAUGAUGUCAUAAAGCAACUUCUGGCCUCACAGACUGUCAGUCAGAAUGAGGUGCACUGAUGACAGGAUAUGGAUUUGGAAACUCCUCAGGCUAUGAUAAAUUCUGCUUAACCACACAGUCCUCUAAUGAUCGAUCAGCAUGCCAAUAACAUAAGCACUGCCUUCCCUCUUGACUCUGCGAUGAUAAUAAUGUGAUUAAUCAUAUGAAUGUCCAUCAGAGAGGAAACUGCAAAUGUGAAAAUAAUGACAUAAUGACGCAUUCAGUUCACACACAAGAAUCUUUGCUGCCAAAUGACAUGUCUUUUCAAGCAUCAUUUAGAUUUUACACUAUCCAUAAUGUAAACACAAAUGAUUUCACUCUCUGAAUGAUCAAUAAUAUACACACCCUUAAAGUGAUAUUUCACCCAUAUGUUGUUCCAAAGCAUAUGACUUUUUUCCUUCAUGGAAUACAAAAGGAGAUGUUAGUUAGAAUGUUAGCCUCAGUCACUAUUCACUUUCAUUGCAUGGAAAAAAAAAGAUGUAAUCAAAUGAAUGGUGAAUACAAUUCUGCAUAACAUCUCUUUUUGGGUUCCCUGAAAAAAAGACAGUCAUACGGGUUUGGAACACCAUGAAGGUUUCAUUCUUUGGGUGAAGUAUACCUUUAACACACGAUUUACCUCAGUUCUGUGAGUUCAGUGUAAUGAGACUAAUAAAACAGUACCUGGGUAAAUCUCUUAAAAACUGUCAAAAAGUUUUAUAUUUCACUCUAUAAAAAAUAAAUAAAUAAAUGACAUUUUGUUUUGAAGCUUGUUUUAAGGGCCAUUAAGAUUUUUACAUCAUUUUCAUGAUAACUGUGUUACAUUAAAAAUAAAUAUAACAUAUUAUAAACAUAAAAACAAAAGCAAUAAACAUAUUAUAUCAUAAUUGAAAAUAAGAGAGAAAAUAAGUUCACUUCCACCUCUAAAAAAAGAAAUUUAGAAAUUUGACAUUUCAUAAUAAAUAGGAGGUGUUCUUAACCUUGUGCGACCCUGCGUUCACAUGCGUGGACAUUGUAUUUUGACUUCGCUAUAUGCAAUGCAUAAUUUUAAUUCAUUUAAACUGACUGAUCUCAGUUCAGGAGUCUCCGUCCUGUCAGUAAAGGGUUAAACUUCUGACGUACUUCUGGAGUCAUGUGACAAAACAACAUGGCGCUGAUCACAGCGGAGUUUGUCUUUGGGAGAAACACCAACAAAACUACAUCUGGUAAGAAACCUAAAUACAUGAGUCAAAAGAUUACAAUUUCUAGUUCCAUCCGAUAUGCCAUUUUUAAAAUUUGAGCAGUUUAUUGCGAAACGGCAUGCUGCUAAACGCGGUGUACACUAAUGUGUACUUUGGUGCAUUUUUUCCUUAGAAAUCCUAUAUUUACUGUGCAUUAUCACAUUGGGAAUAAAUGGGUUCAUCCAAAAGCUGAAAAAUGUUGCUUUCAGAGACUUUAUAUGGAGUUAGGAUAAAAAUAUUAUUCAUUUUAAACUGUUCUGAGACCAGUGCAGACAGACAGCACACUGGAGGUUAAGUCAUUCACUAAAUAGCUUUCUAUGCAGCUAAGUGCAUUCAUUCCUAAAAUCUGACAAAAAGUUCAGUUUCAGGCUGCAGAUGAUGUUUGGACCACUCAACAUGUUUGGCAGACAUGAGACAAUGAUCAGUAUAUAGAUUCAGAAUUUAUAAUAUAACAUUUUAUUUUAACAUGGUUGGCAGUGAUUGGAUGAUGCUGGCCAUUAUUUGUAUCAGAAUUAAUUAUGCUAAUUUCUGAUGUAAUGUCUGUAACAUCUCAAAAACAUAAAUAAUCAACAUUCCUGGAAACAUAAUAAACAAUUUGAUUAAAAAAAGUGGACUUUCUAUAGCUUGGUAUUACUGUAUUUAAUACUUCACAGCUUAGUCCCGCUGUCCACAUAUGUUGCCAUCAGUUUUUAGGAAAAAUAUUGGUGCUACUAAUUACAAAUUGAAAAGGGAAAUAGAACUUACACAGUCACACUCGGGUCUCAGGAGGUUAAUAAGGACAUACGUAGAACAAUGACUGAAGUAUUUGAAUCUUAAUUUUGUUCAUUUGAAUUCUAGAUGUGACAAUUAACAAAAUUGAAGAUUUUUGUGGCUUAUUUUUAUAAAUGUGUAUUUUUAACAGCAGAUUUUUUGUUUUACUUUUUAGAGGUGGAUGUAGCUAUAAAUAUUUUCUUAUUAUAGUUUAAAAUUUUCAGAUUAAGAAGAAAUGUAGAACUCCAAAUACAAAUGUCAAAUUCAGAUCAUAGACAUUUAGAUCGUAAACAAACUAUUAAAGCUCCAUAUUUGUUACUAACAUUUUAAAACCACAGACAAAUUACAUACAACAAACAAACAUAUAUUUGUUGCAGUAUAGCAUCUGAUAUCUUGCCCUUUGUUGAAAAGUCUCUUGAGUAAUUCACUCAAUAACAUCACUGGAAUGUCCAAAAAAAUAAAAAAUAAUCCAGAUGUG